UUUACUCAGCUUUUACUGUAGUUAAUUUUUUUCCUAGAAUGAUAAGAAAUAUUAAUCAUUUUCUUGGUAUAAAUAUUUACAAAUGGUAUCAUUUUAUGAAUAAACAGCGAGAUGGCAGGUACGUAUUUGCCAGGGAUAGAUGCAGAAGCCGAUUUUAUACUUUUGAAUAAGAACAUACGUUAAGUAACAAUACAUACGUAGAAGUUGUAACUAAGGAUGUCGAUGACAUUGUCCAAAUUGUUUUCUCUGGUCACAAAUCUUGAUUUCUGAUUCCUGAUCUAGAUUUAAAGAUAUAUUUUAAUUAAACGUUAAUUAUCUUUAAAUUUAAGCGUUGCAAAUAACAAUGUUAUCAGGUUCAUUUUAUGCGCUGUUAUAAUUAUCCUUAUUAAUCCACCGCCAAGCAAACAUUUCUCGUUACAGAACGUGUGAGCUGUUGUUGUAUAUUUCUCAUACAUAAUUAAAAUCGGCUUGCAGUGUGAUAAGAGUUCUCGGUCUGCAUGGUAGUUAUAGUGAUUUGUCUAUUUAGUGAUAAUGUGGAAAUAUCGGAAAAUAUUAAGUAUAAAUAGGACACAUAUUUAAUCAAAUAAGAUAAAGAAAAAACAGUUUAUCAUGAUUCCUACUAAACGGCCAUUAGUUUUAUUAUUUUUAUCUAUGGCCUCCUAUGUAACAACGAUUGAUAUACCUAUUAGUCCAGUGAGCUACAUUGAAUAUGCACAAGUCGCUUCACAAUAUAUGGAUUUGCCGUUGCAGUUAGUGAAUCCGCAAGUAUCUCAACAGAAAUGCUAUAAUAAAAUGAAUAAUAAGUGGGGCAUCUGUCAGUCUGCCAAGCCAACGAAUGCAAUGAACGGAAAACCCAUCGAAAGUUUUGUGUUUGGAACACAUUUGCAUCCGCGUAAUCGAGUGCAUAAUCAGUUUAUUAACGGUGAUGCAUUCCACGCCUUACCCGCAGGGCUACCAUUCGUUCAAAGUGGUUUGAAUAGAAGGUUCAUACCACAAACAACGGAUUCAUUGAACUUGUUGCCAACAAAUAUAAAUAAGUCUUUACGAACAACUCAACACCCAAAAAUUACAUUAAGUGAAAACAAUGUUAGAUCGAAUAACUUUAAUUCUGCAUUUGAAAAUACUUACCCAUAUUCUCCUGAGUCAAGAUCUGAGCAGUCUCCGUUGCCAAGAAUUGGGACAUCAGAAAUACAUACUACAUCUCCAAGUCCAUAUAAAAAACCUACGUUGAACGACGUAUACAAUGAUUUUAUUCGCGGACUCGAUGAAUUGGAACGCAAAUUUUAUUCGGUAACGCUAGAUAAAUUAACAGCAAUAAGUCCAAUUAAUCGAAAAGAAAAUGGAAUCAGUUUCGUGCAGUCCGGUCUAUUUUUGAUGUUAAGUUUAAUGGCGUUGUUGUUUGAAGUAGAUUUGUACACCAGAGAAGAAAUUGAAAACUGUAUAAAUAUUCACCUUACAGAGUCAGCUAAGUUGUCAUCAGUAACGGAGAAUAUAUUAGCCUUGUUUCCAUCAUCAAGUAACGAUUUGAAAUUCCGUUGGUCGAACCGGCUAAUAUUAUGGCCAAACCAUACGGUCAGUGACGAGUUCAAAACUGGGCCCGCCGCAGCAUUACGAAUGCACAUCGACACAUUGAAUGGCACAGAAACACCAGAGAAAAUUGCCGAAAUCCUCAACAACAUGGUAGAAAUUGAUUCUGGGGGAUCGAUACGCAAUACAUUUGAAGAGGACGAUUUAGCAGAAGGCGCUCAAGCAAUACUUCUGACAACUCUGUACCUUCGCGGACGAUGGCGCUCAGCUCCCACUGUGUUGAACGGUUCGCGACCUUUCAGAGAUACUGAAAAUUCUCCAACUCGCUCGAUUCGAUGUAUAAGAAUCAACGACGUCAUGAGAUACGCCGAUCUUACCGAAUGGGACGCUGAGGCAAUUGAAAUAUUUUACGCGACUCCGGGCCUGAGCCUAUUGAUGUUAGUGCCCCGCGGCAACUCGCUAAGGCGCCUGGCCGACCACGUGGCGACCACAAGCAUCCAUUACAUCACGCAGCGAAUGCACUCAAUACGCAUUGCCGUCACGAUGCCCUUGUACACACUGCGCAUGACACUUCUCUUGCCCAACAAACUGGAAGCUAUGGGCUUAUCGCGACUGAUUAACACAAAUAAUGCUUCAACAAAAUCUAUGACACUAUCGCACGCGGUGCAACGUCUCAUGUUCUGGGCGGAAGCUGGACGGAACGCUUUUAAAGAUGACGGUAUCGAGUGGGAUGAAACUCCGGAAUUAGAGCUGGUGGUAGACCGGCCGUACAUUUUCUUUGUUCGUUGGCGAAACCUGACUCUAAUGAAUGGAAAUUUUGUGCUCUAGUUUAAUUGUCAUACUAUUUCUUUAGAAAGUGUUUUAUAAAGAAAUAAUACUUGAAAGUAUGAAGACAUGUCUAUACAAUUUUAUAUUAAAGUAUUUACUUGUACCCAAAA